AUGGGUCGUGAUUUAUUCGGCAUUAAAUUUGCUAAUCAUUUAGCUGCUCAUAUUACUCCUGAAUGGCAUUCCCAAUACAUCAAAUAUGAAGAUAUUGUGACCAUCUUAUAUGCUGCUUAUGAUCGAACACCACAACCGACUGAAACGACAUCGACUAUACGUAAACGAUAUUUUGAUCGCAUUGAUGAACGAUUUUUUCAAUAUUGUGAAAAAGAAUUGAAUAAAAUUAACAUAUUUUUUGCUGAAAAAUUAUCCGAAGCCAUCAGACGUUUUGAUGAUUUGAAAACAGAGCUAAGCUAUUUUUCAAAUGAAAUACAAGAAAAACGUUCAUCGCCAUCGAGACAUGGAUGGUUCAAUCCUCAAAUUAUAUUUGGUAAACAUUUACCUGUUAAUAAUUUACAACAUUCAAGUCGUUAUCGUCGUGUACAUGAUCUCAAACUCGCAUUUAGUGAACUUUAUUUGUUAUUAGUUUUAUUACAAAAUUAUCAAACUCUCAACUAUAUGGGUUUUCGAAAAAUUCUUAAAAAGCAUGAUAAACUCUUUUAUGAGCAAAAUGGUGCAAAUUGGUUUCAAGAAAAUGUUGAACAAGCAUCAUUUUCAACGAAUACAAGAGUGGCUACUCUAAUUGAUGAAGUAGAAAAACUAGUCACUGAACAAUUAGAAGAUGGAAAUCGAAAACAAGCCAUGCAAAAGUUGAGAGUACCACCUCUAUCGCAAAUUCAUAAACGAGCAGUCACAUAUAAACUCGUCGGUUUAAAUGUACGAGGUUGGUCAAUGUACGGUGUUAAUCAUGUUCUCAUAUUUGAAUUAGAUCCAAGAAAUCACAUGUCACACGAAGAAAUAUUAGAAGGUGGAAGUAUUUUAGCACUCAUUUGGUGUCUUAGUUUUUUAGCCUUUGUUCUAUGUGAAUAUUACAAUAUUCAACCACAUUUACAACCUCUAACAUUUAUUUUAUUACUCAUCAUCAUUCUGUGUAAUCCGUUACCCAUUUUAUUUCGUCCCGCUCGUUACUGGUUAAUUCGUCGAAUGUUUCGAAUAUUCUCCGCUCCAUUUCAUACCGUCACAUUUGCUGAUUUUUGGCUAGCUGACCAAUUCACUAGUUUAGAUUUGAUAUUUUAUGAUAUUGAAUAUUUGAUUUGUCAUUCCACUUUUGAUACUAAAUGGAAAUCAGAAUUGCAAUCUUAUUUGAAUAUAAAUUCAACGCAGUCACAAUCGAGUUUAUCAGAUGAACAAAUAACAUUGUUCAAUGCACCAAUUUGUCAAGCUUCGAUCAAUAUUUUAUUUCAAACAAUCAUUGGAGCGUUGCCGUCUUGGUUUCGUAUGGCACAAUGUUUGCGUCGUUAUCGCGAUACGAGACUAAUAUUUCCACAUUUAUUAAAUGCCAUUAAAUAUUCAGCCGGUUUACUUGUUGCAUUUGCAAACGGAUUACAGCGUUAUUUUUCGUUAAAAUAUUUAACACAAGCUACAAAUCCAUUCUUCUACUUGUGGAUACUAACACAAAUCAUUAAUAGUGGAUUCAAGUACGGUUGGGAUAUUAAAAUGGAUUGGGGUUUUUUUGAUAAACAAGCGGGAGAAAAUGUGUUCUUGAGAGAAGAACUCGUAUAUCCAAAAAAGUUUUACUACUAUGCAGUGAUUAUUGAAAAUUUUAUAUUUCGAUAUAUUUGGAUAUUAAGAGUGUAUUUAACAGUUAAACACGAAUACAUCGAAAAUAUUGAAUUAAUUACGUUUAUCUUAGGUUUAAUUGAAUGUAUUCGUCGUUUUUUAUGGAAUUAUUUUCGUUUGGAAAACGAACAUUUAAAUAAUUGUGGUCAAUUUCGAGCUGUGAGAGAUAUAUCCAUUAAUCCAAACAAAGAACGGCAAACGUUACAUCGAAAAACAUUGCCAGAGGAAAGUAUUGGUAUUGAUGAUAAUAGUACAAGAAAUAAGGAGAAUAUAGUAAAUACAAUGUCAGAUAAAAAUAUAAUAUUAAGAAUGAGAAGAUCUAUGCGUACAACACCAAUUCUUUUAGAAAAAACACUUUCAGAAAAAUCACAACCAAUACGUUUGAUACAUUCGAAAAUACAUGGUCGAAAACAUUCAAUAAUUAUUGAUGAUUAUCUAUCAUCAAGACGAGCAUCUACAGUUCAACAUAGUUAUAAAACUAUAUCAUCACAUUCUUAUGCACUUGAACAAGUACCAAAAUAUGCUCCGUAUUUAACAAAUCGUGCUCUAUGUUAUUCUCGAUUAAACAAUGCUAAGAAAGUUUUGAAAGAUGUAUUAGCAAGUAUUGAAGCGGAUUCAAACUGGGUAAAAGGUUAUUAUUAUAAAGGUAAAGCAUUAAAAAUGUUAAAUUGUAAACAAGAAGCUAUCGAUUGUUACCGAAAAUGUUGUCAAAUGAAUCCACAACAAAAAAUAUAUGAACAAGUAUUAAAAGAAUAUCUUGGAGAAAAUGCGACAUUCUCAAAUUUAACUACCUCUACAACUAACAGUGAUGAAGUUGUUCAUUAUGGUGUUAAAUGUGAUGUUUGUAACUGUUGUCCAAUCGUAGGAAUACGUUACAAAUGUUCACAAUGUUCAAAAUAUCUUCCAUCAAAUCCAAAUCAAAAGAAUUAUAAAGAAAUACAUGCACUUAUUCCUCAUAAACAACCAAUGGUUCAGUCAACAUCAGCAUCAGUAUCUUCAAACGUUGGACAAAUUAAUUUUGAUGUUGCCGUUCAAAGUUACAAUGUUAUACUUGUUAUUGAUAUUUCAUUGUCAAUGAUCGGUUAUCAAGGAAAUAAUCAAAUAAUUGAGUCAAAAAAUCGUUGGCCAGCUAUUCAACGAGGAAUUAUUAAAAUUACUAAUCAAUUAGGAUUAAAUGAUCGUCUAACAUGUUUGGUAUUUAAUUCCAAGCUUGCUAGUCUAUUUGCACAAGAUUUAAAUCGAAAUCAAAUUAUUUUAGUUAGUGAUGGUGAAGAUGUUAGUUCAAAAAAGAGUUUAUUACCAAUUUCUUGUAAACGUAUAAAAGAAAUUUGUCAAAAUUUAGAUACAGAUAUAUUAUUAAUUGGAAUUGAAUUAGAAACAAAAGGUCGAAAUGCUAUGAAUAUAUUAAAACAAUAUGGUGGUGAAAAAUGUAAAUUUAUUGAUUUAAUGAGUCUAUCAGAAUUAGAUAAUCUAUUCGAUAGACUUUCAUUAAUUUUUACACAAAGAACAGCGAUCAUCGAUGCGUAA